AUGACUGUGACAGCUGUUGGACUCCAGCAGCAUCAGCAAGCACAGCCUGGACCGAGGUUUGUCUAACCACAGACACAGGACUCCAAAAGUAUGAGAACCUCCUAUUUUAUGCAUUAUUCAGUCCAAACGUCACACGCUAUUAAAACAGACGGGUUGCACUUGAAAUAGCGUGUUUGAUUCCAGCGAGAUGAAGUUUACACUGGUUUCAUGAGUAAAUGCAUCUGUCUUCUGCUCGGUUGAUAUGGAACAGCCUCCCAGCAACACAGAUUUACAGCCUCAGGAUCUGUCCUCCACCUGCAGCCUACCCAAUGUCUUUGAUUUGUCAAGGAACGAUGAAGAAUGUCUGUUGAAAGCGAACCCCUUAGGUGCCUUUCAUGUUGUCCAGACACCAGGCUGGUUUGUCAGUCCUGGGACCAGCAAUGGGAUGUUACUUCCAGAGAAUGACUCUGAUCCGUUGCCACUUACCACAGACCAGAUCCAACCAGACAAUGUGUUUUCCAACACAACUGUCACCCUCUCUUACGUGAGCAGGUCACAUGUCUUCUCUAACCAUAACACCCUAUCAGAGCAUCCCCCAAUUUACAGUGUUCCAUCCUUAAGCAAGGCUUUUGCUCUGCACCCUGCAGCCUAUGAUGCUAGCAAGCUGGCAACCGACACAGGAGAUGACACAGCUCUCUCGGUGGAUAUGGACCAACACUGCCUCCAGCAGGUGUCAGUUCCUGUAGGACUAACAGCCUGCGAUCAAUUCGGGUUUAUGUCCCCAGCUCAGGUUGUUGAAAAUGUAGCAGCGUUGUGCUACCUUCAACAAUCUCCUGGUUUAAGUGGUUUGCAAGACGUGGAAAGCAUUGCUUUGGAAACGCUCAAAUCUUUACAACAGAGCAACCCCACCGAUUGUAGGUUUCCUAUCAACAUGGAAGAACUUCAGAACGGAGCUGCAAAUGGCUUGUGGAAUGUGGGACCGUUUGAGGGAGGCUUUCCGGAGGGUCACGCUACAAAUGCUGAGGGUUUACACACAAAUGGCAACCCUGAGGUAGUCUUUCUGAUCUCCAGAUCUGAUGAGCCAAUCAUUUUACAGAACAACCAGGGGCCUGCAAGUUUUGCAAUCUCAUUAAACCAAGACUUUAUUAGUCCAUUAGAUCCCAAGCCACCCCCUGCUGCCUCAGUGGAUGAAACAGAGGAUGUUUUCUCCUUGCCACAGGCUGCGAGUUCUCCAAGUGGAGAAAAUUCAUUUGGAGUACAGACGGCUAACAUUACGCAAGAACAUUUGGACAAAGAAGAUUUUGAUCCUGCGACAGCUAAUGUUGCAUCUGAAUUCAUCACCAGCCCUUAUGAAAAACCAACAGGAACAACAGACAACACAGAGUACAUGCCAGUACAGGUCAAUGGAAUAUCUGAAGGAAAAACAGAAAUAUGUAAGACAACUGACAAUUUGUGUUUUAGUGGCAGUUCGCUUGCCACAAAGAAGACAUUUGACAGAAAAAAACUGCCACCAAGAACAAGUAGAGGAAUGAGGUUGGGAGCCAUUGUCCAAAACAUCUACCCCACCAGGUACAAGUCAAGUCGCGUCUCUCAUAUAAAAAAAGCUCAGGCCAGAAAUACUUCUCAUGCGGGCUCCAUUCAGGACACGUCAUCCAACAAUCAUUACCAGCAUGUGCUGGACAGAAUAUGCACUGUGGAAGAGGCGGUGGAAUCUAAUGAAAAGGAAGCCGCACAUUUUCAGGGAGAAGAAGCAGAUGUAAAAAUUUCAAACAGAUGUAAAACCACAAUAUCUACCUCACGUUCCAAAAACAAGAGUGUUCCUGAAUGGUCAUGUGAUCGCAAGCCAACAAAAUCAUUAGACAUGUUAUUAAAUUCCACAAAGAGAGCAAAGCAACUACGACAGAAGGCUUCAAAAAAGUCCUCAGCAGGGAUAGGAAAACUCAACUCAUUACCAAUAUUGAAAACCUCUAGAAAAGGCUGCCCUUCAAAGCUUCAGAGGCCAACUAUGGGUCCGAAAAAUUCAACUGCUACAAAGAAGUCUCAUGCCCCCAAAAGGAAAAGGAAGAAACACAAAGUUGGCCAUACUUCCUUGUUUUCACCCCAGGAACCAGAAAUCAAGCUCAAAUAUGUGAACUACAAAGAAGAGAAAAGGGACAUGCGAGAUGUGACCUUUGCCCCCUAUGUUCGUGUGGAACUCAAGGACUACCCGACUUGUACGGUUGUCAACUAUCCCAAGGAGAGUUUCAGGCUCAAGCAGGGAAAGCAGCAGGCAUCCACAGGGUUCAUGUCUGGUGUGGUGCCUGCAACGCCUUGUUUGCAAUAUGGACGAGUCUCCAUGGAUGGUGCACAAUGGGGUAGCCUAGUGUGCUGUCUUUGUGGUGGCUCUGCCAAUGCUAUGGAUCUUGGUGACUUGUAUGGGCCGUAUUACCCUGAGGGUUUUAAAUCUGCCUCAAAAACUCUUACUAAUCCACAGGAAGAGGAGGAGGACCACAGUGACUCAGAUUCCUCUAUUAGUGCUAAGAGUGGACAGUGUGUUGCUUCAACUCCAGGCACUUGGACUUGUAAAUCUUUGCACAAGCUAUCAGAGUUGGCAGCUUUGAUGGCCUGUCAAAGAUGGACCAGUGAUAGUGAGCAGUCUAGUAGUUCUACGGCUAAGAGACCCAGGAUGGAUGUUGCCACAGACUGGUACAGCCCUCCUGUGGUUCCUCUUGAUAGUAGCGAGUAUUGGGUCCAUGAGGACUGCGGCAUAUGGUCAGCAGGCGUCUUUCUGGUCAGAGGAAAACUGUAUGGACUUGAAAAUGCGGUCAUUUUGGCAAAAGAGUCGUUUUGUUCAACUUGUCAAAGAAGGGGGGCUAUGUUGGGCUGUGUUUUCAAAGGCUGCCCAAACAAGUACCACUACACAUGUGCAGUGCAGUCAGGUUGUAUAUUAAACGAGGAUAAUUUCUCAAUGAAAUGCAGAAAGCACAAGAACAAGUCCAUCCAAGUUUCAUCAUAUCAUCAAAUUACCAGGUGACACAGGAGGAAGAGGAAGCUAUGCAAGUUUCUCCCUGUUGAUAGAGUGAGGUUGAUCUCUUCAACUCCAUUGGUGUCUUCCUGUGAGUACGCCAGCCAUCGGACCUUCACAAUCUUUCUCUUUUUGACAGAAAGGCCUCUUCAAAAUGCCAACACCCAUAUACCUUAAUAAUUUAUCUGUUGCACUGUUCAUAACAUCAGUCACUGUCACACAAAUGGCUCUUUGUAAGACACACUAUUGACUGACGUUUUGAAAGGCUAGAUGUAAGGAGUGUGGUAAAAGUGACAAGUAUUUGAUUGAAUUGCACAUUUCAGCGGCUCAAAGCAGAAGACAAAUCCUCUAAACCUAAACCAGAGCACAAGUUCAGUGUGCUAGUUUUAUUUGAUGAUAUGCCUUUUCUAAGUAUGUUUGUGUUAUUUAUAUUUGGGGGGAGGGAUUAUUUGGGGGAAAUUUAUAGUUCUGAAAUGAAAUGAAAUUAUUUGUUUACUAUGUGGUUUAAUUUAUGAAGAAAAUCAUUUCUACAAACUGAAUUUUAAACAUACCUGCAUGUUAGAAUGUUAAUCCCUCUUCAGAGUUAUGCCAUACGAGCAUCAAAACAUAGCUUCAUUAUCAACACUUUAUAUAUUUAAUUGCCAUUUUGUCAUUAGUCUAAUUGAUAUGGGCAAAUAGGCAAAGCCCCAAAAAUGUCUUUGUAUUGUUUGUAGAAGCAGAAGUGAAGGGAAAUAGACAUGAAAUUAGAAGGCAAACUCGUGAGAUAAAUCAUGAGUUACUUUUAGAAGAUCUUUUCUUCCCAAGUUAUGGAUCCAUAUGAAAGCACUUUGAAAUGGCACUUUUGUGUAUAAAAUUGGAGAGAAAAAAAUUCAAGAUAAGAAUGUUGGCUCAGAAUUCAGCUGGUCCCAGAAUAGUCUCUAGUGUUCCUUGAACUGUACAACCACUUCUCUUUUCUGUUUUUCAUCCCAAAUAACAGCUCAUUUACACUGUCGUUGAAGUGAACGUGUACCCACAUUGUGAAUGUUAUGUAUUUAAAUGUUCAUUUUGGUUUGCAUUGAUUAUAGCAUGACUUAAAAAAUAAACUUGAAAACAUCUAGAUACAGAAUGUAGUAAAUACUAAAUAGUAUGUAAUUAUGUAACAAUUAUAGAUUGCAGAUGUGGGUUACAUACAGUACUGUGCAAAAGUUUUAGGCACUUGGGAAAAAUGUUGCAUAGUGACGAUGCCUUCAAAAAUAAUGCCAUAAAUAAUUUUCAUGUAUCACUUAAUGUCAUACAAAGUCCAGUAAACAUAAAAAAGCUAAAUCAAUAUUCGGUGUCACCACCUUUGCCUUUAAAACAGCACCAAUUCUCCUAGGUACACCUGGACACAGUUUUUUUUGGUUGUUGGCAGAUAGGAUGUUCCAAGCUUCAUGGAGAAUUCGCCACAGUUGUUCUAUCUAUUCAGUCUGUCUCAGUUGCUUCUGUCUCUUUAUAUAAUCUCAGACAGACACGAUGAUCAGUGGGGGGCUUUGUGGGGGCCAUGACAUCUGUUGCAGGGCUCCCUGUUCUUCUAUUCUAAAUUCGAAUUUCUAUUUGCAAAUGUAAUGUUUGUGAGUCUAACAUUUAUAUUUCCUAUUGACACACUAAAGCUGAAGAUAUAAAAAACCAUCUUAAGACAAAUGCUUUUGUGAAACACCUAAGACUUUUGCACAGUACUGUAUAACUUCAUUUGAACCACACAGUGGUGUUAUGGAUUUUAUCAUUGGUUCUAUAAACCAUCACACACUUAAAUGGAGACUCAUCAGUUUUAUAGUCCAUAUAUUAGUGAUUAAAAGGAUUUUUUUAAAGAUUCAGUAUAAGUUAAGAUCAGUCAACAGUAUUUAUGACAUGUUGAUUUCGACCAAAAAAAUUAAAAAUAAAUUGACUUGUCCCUUCUCCUCUUAAAAAAAAAAAAAUGAAAUAAAAAAAAACUGGGUUACAGUGAGGCACCUACAAUGGAAGUGAAUGAUGCCAGUCCAUAAAUGUUAAAAUACUGUUUCAAAAGUAAGACACAAGACAUAAUGUGAUUUUAGUGUAAUAAAAUUGCUUGCUAACCUUUUCUGUGUAAAGUUUUAUUCAUUUUUACAAAAACAUUUGACAAAGCCAUAAACUCUUAAAAGACUGUCAAAAAACAACAAUGUAAACAACUUUACAGCUCAAAUAAUGCAGGAAUUUAAAAAGAAGAAUUAGUGCUAUUAUAAAAUUAUAAGUUUCACAUUUCUGCCUUUAAACCUUCCAGAAAUUAGCCCCAUUCACUUCCAUUGUAAGUGCCUCACUGCGAUUAUUGCUUUACUUUAAGGAAAACAAGGGACAAGUCGAAAUAUAUUUUUGUGUUAAUCAACAUUAUGCCACAAAUGCUGUCGAUUGAGUUUAAAUAUUCUUUAAGUAUAACUUGACAAGUAUAAAUGAAAAGCUUGAAUUAAUACCAGACAACUGCAUAAAAUUGACUUUGUUCUGAUUGGUAAUGAUAUCAGUUUUAUGCCAUCAUCAAAUUAUCUGUGGAAAAGUUAUCAAGAUAUCAAUUUCGGUCAAUGAACAUUUCUGAUUCCUUGUCUGAUUCAUUUGAUUGAAAAUGUUAAUGUUCAAGACUUCUAUGUGAACACUAGUCUUUUGUUUAUACAACGGCAAAUUAGAUUUUUCUUGCUAAGACAAAUCAGCAUCUUUUGGUUUUUCUCGAGACCCAGGAAGCACUUGUUUAAUACAAGCUUUGUUUUAAAUUUCGUAUGAAAGGGGGAUUACGGGACUCAUUCUGGAAUUGUUCAGUGCAUUCAACAUACCAUACGUUGUUUGUGUACAAACUAUUUUAAUUUCAGUAGUUUUAUCCAAAGGUUAAGAGAUGGAUUUGUAAUUGUGCCAAUAACACCUUGACGUACUUUGGUAGCUUGCUUGUGGAAAGGUAAAAUCACAAUGUUGAUAAUGUCCGUCAGUAUAAGUGUACCGGUGUUGUGUGUCAAGUGUUUGUUCAGGACUAUAUCUGUACAAAUUUUGUGCAAAUGUCAUUUAUUUGCUGGAAUAUUUUUUUAUUUUAUUUUUUGGUCUAAACUGAAGAGAUUGAGCCAUGUUUCCAUCAUACCAAAUGUACCAUUGUUAAUUGUUUGGAUUGUUUUUAAAUUGUUUUUUAAUCUCAGGGUUGAGCAGAGUUCUUUUUCAUUGUUGGCAUUCUUUCCCCAAAAGUUAUUUAUCCUUCACUGACUAAACCCAGGUGGUCAGUCUAAUAAAUUGGCUUAACCUAC